AUGGUGCGCCAGUUCAUUCGUAAACGCAGCUUGACUCGUGUACGCACAGUCGCUAAGGACGUUAUGGUGAUGUUGCUGGAGGCUGGCAUCAUAGCCUUAGUUCAAGUCUACUUGGAAAAACUGGGCUUCAAGCGAGGAAAACAACGUGGCCAUGCCACCUACAAGGUAUCCAGUGCACACGCUGCGCUGCGGGACGUAUACAUCGAUCGCAUGACAGAUUUGUCUCCGGACACCCCUGUUGUUUACUUGGACGAGAGCUACAUUCAUCACCACUACGCACGCCACGACGACAACCUCUACGAUCCAAGUGAUGAUGCCCCACUGAAGGAGAAGCACAAGGGCCACAUUUUCGAGGGAAGCAAGAGAGUCAAGGACGAUCCCAAAGUUUAUCAUGGUAUGUUCGACCAUACGUACUUCGUGAAGUGGUUCAAAGCAGCAAUGGACGAAGUCGAAUUCCAUGGCAAGAUGGGCGUGCGCUACGGAGUGGACGUUGAGAGUCAUGACCUCAAGAAGACGAUAUGGGCUCGUUUUAAACCUGUUCUGUCCGCGCGCGUAGAGCCCAUGGUCGUCACGAUGGCCCGCGACCGUGGUCAUGACGUGUUGUUCACGCCACCCCAUCACUCUGACUUGCAACCUAUUGAAAUGGUUUGGGCAAAGGCCAAGGGUGAUGUUGGUGUUCAGUACAAAGUGGACACUACCUUUGCCGACGUCCGAGCUCGUCUUGACGACGCGUUCAAACAGCUUCCUUCGGCUAUGAUCUGUAACUGCAUUCGCCAUUUUGAGAAGCUCGUCGACAACAUCUACGAGUUGUUUCUUGCCCGUGAAAGUGACAGUGCUGACGAUCUCACCUCCGACUCAUCUUCUGGCACAAGCGACAAUAAUGAAGAUUUAUAA